AUGGAAGAAGAGGAACAGACAGCUUACCGUAUGACUACUCGUGGCAUCACAAGGCAUUACGUGGACUCAUCUAUUUCGGGACAUGUGGAUAGCACCUCUAGUUCGAUGAACUUAUCUCACGUCUCCUCAGAAGAUGAGCAGCAGCAUUCCGAAUUUCAUUUGGAAUCAUCAGCAGACUCGUUGUUUCGAACACCAGCGCUGAGCACACGUGGUCGAAAACGUCGAUCAUAUGAGGAAGGUGUAGCUGUACCGGUUGAAUCACCAGCCACUGGUAGAAGAGGACGUCCCAGGGGCAGUACACGAACUCGAGGUGUUGGCCGUCGCGCAAGCGGCACAUAUUCUCAGGAAGAUGCCGAUGAAAGCAGUCUGCUUAGUAUGGUUAGAAGUGGCAAGAAUUUGCAUACAGUAAUUGAUAACUGGAUCGAGGAAUAUGAAAGGCAUCCGGAUAAUGCUCUUGUACAAUUACAACAAUUCUUCAUCUCAUGUUGUGGAUGCAAGGGAAUUAUUUCAUCCGUUAUGCUACAAACUAUGGAAUAUAGUGAAAUAAUUCGCCAGAUGACCGAUCAGUUUGACGAAGAUACUGGAGACUACCCCUUGGUGAUGCCAGGCCCCUUGUGGAAGAGAUUCAAACAAACGCUUGCUGAUUUUAUUUUGCUUUUGGUCAAUAAAUGCAAAUCAAGUUAUGUAUUUGAUCAACGUUUGAUGGAUGGGGUUAUCCAGCUACUUACUGGUCUGGCUGACAGCCAGGUGCGAGCAUUUCGACAUACGUCUACAUUCAUAGCCAUGAAAUUAUCAUCUGCGCUUGUAGAUGUUGCACUGGAAUUGGUCGAUCUUAAAGCGAAGAAUAUAAGACAGAUCGAUGAUAAAACUGAGGAUAUCAGGCAGAUGCUAACCUAUAUUUUCAAAAGUGUCUUUGUACACCGCUAUCGUGAUGUUGUACCAGAUAUCCGAAGUAUCUGCAUAAAUGAACUUGGUCAGUGGAUGUCGAUCUACCCAGAUCAUUUUCUUGAAGAUUCAUAUCUCAAAUAUAUCGGCUGGUCUUUAUAUGAUAAGGUGAGCGAUGUGCGUUUGAAAUGCAUUUUGGCACUUCUUCCGCUGUACAACCAACCGCAUAUGUCUCAAAAGUUGGAAUUGUUUACGAACAAGUUCAAGGAUCGGCUUGUUACUAUGGUCAUGGAUAAGGAUAGCGAUGUUGCAGUACGUGCAUGUCAGUUGCUGACAGAAAUUUAUCGUAUCUAUCCAGCGGCUUUGACAUUAAAAGACUGUGUACCCAUUUAUGAGAUGGUAUACUGUAAUCAUCGUAGUCUGGCUCAGGCUGCUGGGGAGUUUUUAAAUACAAAAGUAUUUCAAAAUUUGCAAGCGUUUGGACCAGAAAAAAACCGUGCUAACGACAACGCAAAGCAGUUAAUUAUUGAUUUGGUUCAGUUCUUUGUGGAAGGCGAUUGCCAUGAUCAUGCGGCUUACCUUGUUGAUGCUCUCAUUGACACUAAUCCAAUGAUAAAGGACUGGAAAACAAUGGCAGAUUUGUUACUUUCUGGCGAGGCCGAAGGUUUCGAAAGUGAACUAAUUGAAGUAUUGGUGUGUUCUGUAAAACAAGCAGCUUCUGGUGAAAGUCCAAUUGGGCGAGCUCACAUGUCCAGAAAGGGAUCGAUUGUCAAUAAAGAUGUUCGGUUGUUGCAGGAGGACAAAGCUCGACUUUCAGAAGUGCUGAUUCCACAGUUGCCACAACUUCUCCAGCGUUUUAUAGCUGAUCGAGAUAAAGUGGCAAAUCUAAUCACUGUACCGCUCCAUUUUCAACUUGAUAUGUACAUGGCUAGUAGACUGGAAAAGCAUCUGGAUGAGUUGAUGAGUAUUUUGGAAAGCAUUGUUGAAAAGCACGCGGAUGAUGAGAUUCUUCAGUGCGUUGCAGAAGUAAUGUCUUACUUCACAACCAAUGUUGCUGUAGCACAACAUACAGAAACGCACCAUCUGAAAAUGUUGGAUGGUUUGGCUUUACAGUUGCGGCAUUCUAUACAGCAUUUUCAUCGAGAACAAACAGUGGAUGAAGAAGACGAUGCCAUCAUGCUUGCAGCUUUUCGGAAAAUUGCAGCUUUUGCAAUGUUUGAAGAUUUGAAAAAGUGGCAGCUAUGGGAUGUUGCACUCAGUGUGCUGACAAAUGCCGAAGAUAAACAAGUCUCACGUGAUGUUGGCGAGAAAGCCGUUGUUCUACUGUUUGCCACCCUAAGCUGGGAUAUAAAUCGUUUGGUUACUGAACAGGAACCAAAUAAAGCGGAAGCAGUGAAGAAAUUGCGGAAACAUAGGGAUCAGUUUACUGCAUUGGUUACAUCAAUAAUGAUGAGUGGUGCAUCGGGUGUUGAAAAUGCGUUUUUGUGCUUUGUGGAUGCUUUAAUGAUGUUCAAUGGUUUGUCCGAUAAAAGUUUGUCAAUUGAAUUGAACAAGGAUAUUACGCGAGCACUUUCAAUGUUUGUGGAGGAUAACGUUUUUGUGGAGGAAAACGAUGCAGAACGGUCUUUGGAUCAACAGACGCAAGUGGAAUUGAUGCACAAGCGGCGAAAAAUAUUAGUUCAAUUUUGUAAACUGAUAUUGCAUGGUAUCCUCCCAAUUUAUGAAGCUUGCAUAGUAUUACAGUUCUAUACGAAGUUCUACACCGACUUUGGUGAUAUUUUAAAAACUUUGCUUACAAAAUGCCGCGAUAUGGACCGACUGAGUUGUGCAAGAGCGGUAGCAACGGCGCUUUGUCAUCAUUACGAGGAAAUCAAGCGUGCUUCCGAAGGGAAUUGUAUCGAUCCAAAUUCGGAUGAUUUUGCUUCAAUUCGUGAUCUGGCAAAACGUUUUUCCAAUCUCUUUGGUUCCGAUCCAGUUAAAAGCCGUGAAGCUUUAGCCAUUAUUCAUAAAGAUGGUAUAGUGUUUGCACUAAGAAACGAGGAGAGUAUAAGUCAAGAUAUUCAGCACACAAAUCUAAGCUUUCUCGAAAUUUUGUGCGAAUUCAGUGGCAAAUUGCUACGACAAGAUAAAAUUUCCGUUCUUCGAUAUUUGGAAAAACAUGGUGAAGUAUUUGCUAAGGAAGAACCCUAUAUGAUUUACAAAGCCUCUUUACAGGAGCGUAAUGACGAUAUGUCAACUGUUCGUAGUCUCGCUCUUCGUGGACGGAGCCGAGGUCGUGGACGAGGGAAGGGUACGCCAACGUAUACACCAGCAACAUCUGUGUAUGGAGGCGAUGAUUAA